UGUCUUCAUGUACAGUGUGCUGCGGCCAUAUUGUUAUAGUCUUCCAGGUAGGGAGCAGAGAGGGCGGCGACGACACAGAGGCUUCAGCUGCCAUUUUGUGUUAUACAUUCUUGAAACAGCCGGAGCCAGAAAACAUCUCGGGUCAGCUUUCAGAACCAGAGCACAUUCUCAGAGACUUCAAGAUGGAAAAGGACAGGAGACACAUAACUGAGAACAUCUUAGAGAUCACACUGCAGAUCAUCUACCUGCUGACUGGGGAGGCUUACACAAUGGUGAAUGAAACAUCAGAUGAGCAUGUUACACCCAGCAUCUGCCACCGUGUAUCAGAAGGAUGGACCAGGCUCAAGAGCCCCAUCCCGGUGCUUCCACCUCACUCACUGAUACAUGAGAGACACAAUGAGCAGAAGAUUCUGGAACUCACCAACAAGAUCAUUCAGCUACUGACUGGAGAGGUUCCUAUAAGGUGUGAGGACGUCACUGUCUAUUUCUCCAUGGAGGAGUGGGAGUAUAUAAAGGAACACAGGGGUCUGUACAAGGACGUGAUGAUGGAGAAUCACCGGCCCCUCACAUCACUGGAUGGGGCCAGUAACAGGACUACCCCAGAGAGAUGUCCCCAUCCUCUGUAUUUUCAGGAUUGUACAGAGGAGAAUCACAGUGUCCCACAGGAGGGUCAGGGUGAAGUCCAGAUUAUUAGUAAAUCAGAAGCUAUACAAGGAGAAGAGACGUAUGUGAGGGGUGAGCAGCAGUGUAAAGAGGAGGAAAUCCUUACAGGUAUCGGCACAGAUGGAUGCAGAAGCAGGAAUACCUCGGAGGGACGUCUCCUUUUGUCUUCAGAUUAUAAAAUAGAAGAUAACAUCGUACAAGAUUCUCCAGGAGAAACCCCUAUUACACUAAAUGUACAGCUGGUGUUGGACAGUGGAGAUAUGUCAUCUGAUCCCUCUAAUCAUAAAGAUUGUUCUGAUAAUAUAGAUGUUGUUACACACAGAACAAACCCUACAAGUGCUAAAAGGUUUCUCUGUUCUGAAUGUGGUAAAUGUUUCUUAUAUCGGUCACUCUUUCUUAGACAUCUGAGAAGUCACACCGGUGAGAAACCAUUUCCAUGUCCUGAGUGUGGGAAAUGUUUUACAAUGAAAUCAAAUCUUGAUAAACAUCAGAGAACGCACGCUGGUGAGAAGCCUUUUCCAUGUUCUGUCUGUGCAGGAUACUGUGCUCAUAAAUCAGUUCUUGUAACAAAUCAGGGAAGUUACACAGGUGAGAAACUAUUUCCAUGUUCUGAGUGUGGGAAAUGUUUUGCACGGAAAUCCGAUCUUGUCAGACACCAGAGAACUCACACAGGCGAAAAGCCUUUUUUAUGUUCUGAUUGUGGGAAAUGUUUUGCACAGAAAUCAGAUGUUGCUAAACACCAGAGAAGUCACACAGGUGAGAAGCCUUUAUUAUGUUCUGAGUGUGGGAAAUGUUUUCCACAGAAAUCCAAUCUUGUUGCACACCAGAGAAUUCACACAGGUGAGAAGCCUUUUUUAUGUGCUGAGUGUGGGAAAUAUUUUGCAAGGAAAUCCAUUCUUGUUAAGCACCAGAGAAGUCACACAGGUGAGAAGCCAUUUCUAUGUUCUGAGUGUGGAAAAUGUUUUGCACAUAAAGCAGAGCUUGUUAUACAUCAGAGAACUCACACAGGAGAGAAGCCAUUUCUGUGUUCUGAGUGUGGGAAAUGUUUUACACAGAAAUCAGCGCUUGUUGUACAUCAGAGAACUCACACCGGUGAGAAGCCGUUUUCGUGUUCUGAGUGUGGGAAAUGUUUUAUAGAUAAAUCAGAUCUUGUCAGACAUCAGAGAACUCACACAGGUAAGAAGCAGUUUUCCUGUUCUGAGUGUAGGAAAUGUUUUACAAAGAUAUCAAGUCUUGUCAGACAUCAAAGAAGUCACACUGGUAAGACGUCUUUUCCAUGUUCUGAGUGUGGGAAAUGUUUUACACAAAAAACAACUCUUGUUGUACAUAAAAAAAAAUGCACACGGGAAAUAAAAUAAAAAAAAUACCAUGAGGUAAUAGGCAAAAUUAGGGUUUGCAGCAAUAAUUUAAAUAUUGUAAAAUGUGUUUUAUUAAGAUAAUUGAUAAACAAUUGAUGUAAACAUACAUUUACAGAUUGCAUUGACAUCACUGAUUUAUAGACAGCCUCACAUAGGAGCCAUGAUUGAGAAUCUCACUCAAUGCAUGUUGUGCAAGAUGUAUGCGCGCCUGGAGCAACCAUCCCAGUGUGAAUACAUCUGUUCGAGGUGUGUGCAAACUGCUGCCAGGGUAACUGAUCUAGAGCAAACCGUUACGCGGCUGAGGGAUAUUCACAAUCUCGAGCAAAGCUUAGAUCGAAAGGUGGAGGAGUUGCAGGGGGUAACACUGGUAGACGAGGACAAUCAGGUAGCCAGCAUUGUCACAGUUAGAAGGAAGAAGAAAAAGAGUUGGAGUCAAGAUAUCUCUGGUCUGCCAAACUCCAAUAAAUUCACCCGAUUUGACGAAGAUUUUGUGGAUGGCAGUGAAGAUAUGAUGCAGCUGGAAGAGACUGUUCAUUCUAGCAACUGGAGAAAGGGUCCCUCCGGCAGAGAUGGGAUAAAAGUAAAUGAGGUACCUAGUCAGAUUGUGGUGGUAGUGGAUUCUAUUAUCAGCUAGACAGGGCAAUCGGCUACCAGGACCGCGAUCAUCGUACAGUGUGAUGUCUUCCGGGUUCUCGACACAUUACAGACGUGGGUAGAAAGAUUGUUGGGAGGGGCUGGGAACGACCCGGCGGUCUUGGUGCACGUUGACACCAAUGACAAAGUCAGCGCUAUGUGGGAUGUCCUUUAAAAAAAUAGGAACUUCGGCCAGAAACUAAAGACAAGGACAUCUAGUGUAAUAUUCUCCAAAAUAUCUGUGCCACGCGCUAUCCCACAGAUGCAGAGAGAGAUUAGAGAGGAAAAUGUGUGGCUUAGAGACUGG